GCGUGCGCGUCGGUUGAGCAGCAUUUUUCGAUUCAUUGGCACAAAGUAAAAUAUUCAUAAGUCCUUCAGAAAUAGCGGAAUUCGGUUUAAGUGUUACAAAUUUCUAUAUUUUAUAUACUGUUCAAAGGAGUCGGUGGGAUAGUUGAAACUUAUUUCAUUUGCUGUCGGUACUAAAAUCUUUUUUUAAACUUUUUCGAAAGUAAAGAAUAUAAUCUUAUUUCUCGAAGAAAUUUCGUUAAAUUAAUGUUUGCAAAUCUAUGUGAAUACCCCAUAUAUCAACACCGUUACUUCAUAUUUUUCUUUUAAAACUUUUUCAAGGAUGGAAACACAAAACAACUUCGCUAGUAAUGGCGAUAUUCAGCGACAGCAACAGCAACAGCAACAACAGCAGCCACAGACAUCAGCGACGACAGCAGACACAUCAACACAUUUUUCACAACGCAUUAAACGUGAAGCGAGCUGGCCUUCGGUGUUAUUUUACAUACACUUGAAUAUUCUUGGACUCUAUGGCAUCUUCGUAAUGUUUACGAGCGCCUCAUUCCUGACAAUUUUAUUCACCCUCACAUUGACUUUCUUGGGUAUUUUGGGUGCGACGGCCGGCGCUCACCGACUAUGGACGCAUCAGACAUACACAGCUAGCACGUCUCUAAGGAUCUUCCUGAUGCUGUGCCAAACUUUGGCUGGCCAGGGAACUAUCUAUGGCUGGGUGCAAGCACAUCGACUGCAUCACCAGAAAUUCCGCCAGGAAGAUGAUAUCUUCUACAGCGCACGCAACUUCAUGGCCGCCCAAGUGCAUGCCCAAAUUAUGAGUUACACCCCAGAACAACAACAACUUCUUAAUGAAGUAGAUAUGUCAGACAUCGAGCAGGACAAAACCGUCAUGUUUCAAAAAAAGUAUUAUUGGGUAUUGUACUUUUUCCUGCACGUUUUACUGCCAGUCAAUGCGCCGCUAGAGUAUUGGGGUGAUUCAAUUGCUGCUUCCAUCUUUGUGACCUUUUCGCUGCGCUACCUAAUCGUUUUAAACGUUUGUUGGCUCAUUAACUCGGCGCAUUUCAUUUGGGGCCUGGACAAAAAUUUUAAACCUUCCGAUUCGAAUAGUGUAUUCUUUAUCACUAAAAGCUAUUGGCCUCAAUAUCAUUACCUGCUGCCCAACGACUAUCAGAGCGGCGAGUUUGGGGACUACGGAACUGAUUUUACCACAGCAAUUAUUCGGGUCUUCGCUGCACUGGACAUGGCAUCGGAUUUGCGUACCAUCAGCUCGGUGGCAGUGCGCAAGGGAUUGACUGCUGCGGUGGAAACAGGUCGACCGAUUGUGGAAUGCAUCCAAGAGCAGGCCGCGGAGGAGUUCAAUGAAAUGCCAAAGAAUCAUUUUCUGAACCGGGAGCGAUUUAUGUAGAAGAUUUUUUAUAACCUAAAAACUGCAAGCUGCUCAGCAUUUUAAAUAUUACAAUACAUCUAAGAAAAUAAAAAGUUUCAUUAAAAAUACUCGCUGGAAAAUUUUACCAACUGAGUAAAUUCCGAAAUCGUCAAAUGCUGUUCUAAAAAGCUAAGCUUCCAGAAAAGUUACGUUUAUAUUAAAAUAAUUAACCUGAUUUUUUGAGAUGAUUCUCUGUUGUCGUUGAAGUAUUUGUUCAAAAUUGAGUUUCAUAUAAAAUUCUAUUACAGGUUUCUUAUUAACUUUGAGUUUUUCAAAAAUCUUAAAGCCAACAUAAAAUACACACAUCUACCGAUACAAUUGAA